AUGCGCCAAAUUCUUGCACAAAUAUUUUUAGCAAAAUUUAUAAUAACAUUCAUUUUAGUUUUUUUGGCCAAACAGCCAGUAAUUGCAUUAUAUGGAAACAAUGUCUUUUUACUGUUAGCAUUUAUCGCGCAUUUUAUUCAGUGGUAUAUGGCCAUAGUUUUAUCAUUUGCAAUCACAUCUUCCAAACUGUUCACUUAUUCACAGUGCUUACCUGUAAUAAACAAUUUUGAAUGUUCCUUCACAAAUUUCUAA